AUGAGAAAUCAGAUCUUUUACUCUUCUUCGAGCGAGGAUAUGCCAGCGCCUUUGAGGUUUCCUCGUCGCACAUCGUCCUUGCGCAACAAGCGGCAACCACCUCGCAUUGUCACCACCAUUGAGCCUGGAUAUAACCGGCAAUUGUUCACUCUCCACGAAUGCGCCGACGAUGCGUCUCGGUCUUACCACAAACGGAGCUUCUCCAUGGGUUCAUCGCGGACACCUACAACUUCUAGUCUCGUCGACUCGCCUUUCAGUGAUGUAGCGCUUACACUACGCAUGUUUUCAACGUCAUACGUUAUGACAAAACCACAAGGCGACUAUACCAGCUAUUUGGAUGGCAACGUCAGCAAUCCUCGCCAAGUAGUCCAUCCCAGCCAACAAAAGCCGGAAGGAAAAGUUCAGAAUUGGCUCUCCGAUCUUCCAAACCGGGGAGAUUCGUCCUUUGGGGAGAAGAGGAGAGACGAUGAAGUGUGUCAAGUAUCAAAGCCUAGACAGCCGUGCCCUGUUCCUGAUACUUCUACAUCUACUGGAGUUCAGAAGCAAUUUCUGGAUCUGGAAGAAGACGACGAGUCGGAAACCUCCGAUUCUGGGGAUACAGGAGACCUUGAUAGCUACUAUGAGGCCCUGUUCAGGUUAUCGAGCACGAGAAAUGAUUGCAGGCCAACAUUUCGGGCGUCGAUGCGACGCCAAUUUCCAUUUGAUCGGGAAAGAGAAGCUCAUUUAAAGAUGUUUCGAUAA